CGCGCGCGUUCAACAAUUAACUACGACAAAAACGUGCUAGCUAUUAUCACAAUAGUAGUUUUUUUUUUAAUAAACUCGGUGAUUUUUGUGGAAAUGUUGGUGCAACCAGAGUGCGUUUAUCCUGCUUCCGUCAGGCCUAAGAGCACCCAAGUGCCGGGGAUCUUGGAUUCGCCGACUUUGGCCAGAGUCGAGAGGGCCAUGCUCAGGCAUGACGAAAGUGUAAAUCGAGAGGGCCAAGACGUAAGGAGAGCGGGAUUCACGCAGUCGCUCCUGUCGUCGAACUUCGGCAAGGAAUCGACGCACGCGAUAAAAAGGGGUCUGCUUUGGCAGCAAAGAGACCGACUUUUUAGCAGAUGGAAGGAAAGGUACUUCAUCCUCACCAGGGACUAUUUGCACUGCUUCAGAAGGGCCUCGGGGUCCGAUAGGAUCAGCGAGAUGGGGCAGUUCUUGUUCAAAGUCAAACUGGUCGAUGUGGAUAGAGUGGAGUGGGAGAACAAAAAAACCUACAGCACCGUGGCGCUAGUGCUGGGUAGGGACGGAAAAAUAUAUCUGCGGUCGGCAGACGGUCUGGAAGAUUGGUUCGAAUUGCUGGAGGAAUGCAUGUUGACCAGCAAAGAGCGAAGGCGAGCUCUAAGAUUUUCUCACGAUGGUAAACCCACGAACAACAACAUAACGGCAACGCUGGACGAGUGGCUGGCUGCCCGACAAAAAAUACCGAUGGGUCAGCGUAUGAACGUCUCUGACAGCGUGAGCACCACCGCCUCUUCCAGACAGGAGCAGAGCGAGCCGGCCGUCGUUUUGAGGCGUCGCGGCGGCGAAUGGACGCCCCACGAGGACGACUGGGAAAAUCCGACGCUCGACAACAGACUGUCGCUACUAACAGACAUCGAUAUAAAUUCGUACGAUGACAGCACCUUGGGGGCCCCCUCAGUAACAUCGUACAGAAUGAACCAGGACGUUUUGUGCAUACAAUCGCCGUCUCUAAGGGCCCAAAAUUCUUUUAGAUCGUCGAGAGACUCCCAACCACUGCCGGCGAAAAGUAUUCCCGACUCGCAAUGCCAAUACAUCAAGUUUAGAGAGCGCUCCUACAGCGAUAUUCAACGAAUGGAGAGGAGGCCGUGGCGCGCGCUUGCCAUAUCUACGCGCCAACGCGAGUGAGUGUCGAGAGAUGGCGCUACUAGUCACUACCAAUGAAUCUUUUCGUAUUUAAAUUAUAAUCGUUAAUUUUAGGCGAAUAUUAAAUAUUAACCAACCGUUCGAUGGCAGAAAUUGUUAGUCAUUUUUAUUUUCUACCACUUGUUGUGUGUAUAAAUUAUUUUGUACCUACCUAGACUAUAGAAUUUCCUUUUUAUUUUUUUGGAUUUCAAUUUUAUUUAUAUUAUUAUAUAAUUAUUAACUGUUAGGUAAUUAUAUUGUUGUGAUUUAGGUAAUACUGUUAAGAUAUUUAAGGAUUAAAUAAACUAGUUGACCAAAGAUGAGCUUCAUCUGGAAUAAAAAAUAAUAAUGUUAAGAUUAAUUCUUUUUGCAUGUUUUUGUCAAUAAUGAUGUUAUAUUAAUGUUCUGCUUCUAAUAGACAAUCUCAAUCAAUACUAUUCGAAAAACAGUGUAUCUCUUAAAAUUAUGAUAUUUAUU